AUGUCGUCAGGCCAAAAAGAACCUCCCUCGCCAUCCGCUACUUCAUUGAGCCAACCCAAAUCAUUUAACGACACUGCUUUAUGCCGGUGUUCGACGCUAGCAGCGAUUAAAAUCCUGAAACGGAUUCGACCUCGAGCGGGGUGCGUUCUCAUGUUGACAAGCCGGGUUUGCGUUAAAUACGGGAGUCGCGUUCAUUUGUCCGAGGCAUCAACAAUGCGCUUUAUCUCGCAACACACAUCUAUUCCGGUGCCAAAAGUCAUAUGUGCGUUUACUCAUUCCGGUCGGACGUACAUCGUGAUGGAGAGGAUUCAGGGUGAUAUGAUUUCCAAUGGGUGGCUGAGACGAAGUGAAGAGUCGAAGGCGAAACUUCUCUCGCAGUUAGCAGGGCUGGUUCAACAAAUGCGCGAUAUUCGGCCUCCGGAAGGCACUCGAAUAGCGUCUGUUGAUGACGGAUCGAUUUACGACUGUCGUCUUCCGGGUCCUUCUUUGCGCUUUGGUCCCUAUGAUACUGUCCAAGAUUUCCACCGUUAUUUACGCAGGGGCAUGGAAUUUGACUCAAGAGUUGAUCUUGAUGUUCAAGAACUGAUCAAAUGGCAUGAAAAAUCUUGGCCUUUGGUACUUACCCACGGCGACCUGAGCAGCCUUAACAUUCUUGCACGUGGAGAUGAAAUCGUUGGUAUUAUUGACUGGGAAACUGCUGGCUGGUACCCAUCAUAUUGGGAAUACACGUCUGCCAACCAAGUACACCUAUUCUGGUCUUUUUGGGCCGAUGAGAUUGACAAAUUCCUACAACCAAUGCCCGAAGAGUUGGCAAUGGAACGAAUUCGUCAAAUACGGUUUGGAGAAUUUAAUUAA